ACUAACGUCGCAGCCGCACUGGUAAACCACCUGAAGAAAAAUCACCGAUGCGAAGACUUUCCCGGAAACCCUUUUCCGUCACUCCUCUGAAUCGUCCGCUUAGCUCUUCAAAAUGCUUCUAUCUGCACAAAGGCGGAGACUUUUUGUCGUCGGAAGGUUCAAAAAGUGUCAGGUGGCUGUUCAGUGGCGGCAGCUCACUUCCUCCUCCGGAAUGGAUUGAGCCCUUCAACGACGUCUCCGAUCUAGUGAACUCGUCUCGUAGCCUCAACCCGUCUCCAUGGGUGAGCCAAAUUCUCAACCUUUUAGACGGUUCGGAGUCAAUGGAAUCGAAUCUCGACGCCUUCUGCCGUAAGUUCCUCAUCAGACUCUCCCCAAAUUUCGUCACUUUCGUGUUGGAAUCGGACGAGGUUCGCGAGAAAAGACAGCACGUUAUCGCUUGGCGGUUCUUUAAUUGGGCUGGUAAGCAGAAGAAGUAUGCUCAUAAGCUAGAGUGUUACGUCUCAUUAGUUGAUGUUUUGGCUAUUGCAAAAGAUGUGGAUAGGAUUAGGAUUCUCUGUGGUGAGUUGAGACCAAAAGAGUUUGCUUUGAGUGUUUGUUCAGCGAAUGAGCUGAUUAAGAGCUUUGGGAAGCUUGGAAUGGUGGAGGAGUUGUUAUGGGUGUGGCGCAAGAUGAAGGAGAAUAACAUUGAGCCUACUUUGUAUACUUACAACUUCUUAAUGAACGGUUUAGUCAGCUCUACGUUCAUUGAUUCCGCGGAGCGUGUUUUCGAGGCUAUGGAGAGCGGGAGGAUCAAACCAGACGUAGUGACGUACAACACGAUGAUUAAAGGUUAUUGUAAAGCAGGACAGACGCAGAAAGCUAUGGAGAAGGUUAGAGAUAUGGAGACGAGAGGUGUUGAUGCUGAUAAGAUCACUUACAUGACUUUGAUCCAGGCGUGUUAUGCUGAUAGCGACUUUACCUCUUGCGUGGCUUUGUAUCAAGAGAUGGACGAGAAGGGGAUCCAAGUCCCGCCUCACGCGUAUAGUUUAGUGAUCGGUGGGCUUUGUAAAGAAGGGAAGUUGAACGAAGGGUGUGCUGUUUUCGAGAACAUGAUCAGGAAAGGAACUAAACCGAAUGUUGCUGUAUACACUGUUUUGAUAGAUGGUUAUGUGAAGUUCGGAAGCGUUGAAGACGGGCUAAGGCUUUUGGGGAGGAUGAUGAGAGAAGGGUUUGAGCCCGACGUGGUGACUUAUUCGGUUGUUGUGAAUGGUUUGUGUAAGAACGGGAGAGUGGAAGAGGCGUUGGGGUAUUACAAGACGUGUCGGUUCAAAGGUUUGGCUGUUAACUCGAUGCUUUACUCUAGUCUUAUAGACGGUUUGGGAAAAGCGGGGAGGGUAGAUGAAGCUGAGAGGCUUUUCGAAGAGAUGGGAUGCAGUAGAGACUCGUACUGUUACAACGCACUCAUCGACGCGUUCACUAAGUCAGGGAAGGUGGAUGAAGCGUUAACGUUGUUCAAGAGGAUGGAGGAGGAAGAAGGCUGUGACCAAACGGUUUAUACGUACACCAUACUCAUCUCGGGGAUGUUUAAAGAGCGUAGGAACGAAGAGGCGUUGAAGCUUUGGGAGAUGAUGAUAGACAAGGGGAUUACGCCGACCGCAGCUUGCUUCAGAGCUUUGUCGACAGGACUUUGUUUGUCGGGGAAAGUGGGGAGAGCGUGUAAGAUUUUGGAUGAGUUAGCUCCCAUGGGUGUGAUUCUCGAUGCGGCGUGUGAGGACAUGAUUAACACGCUGUGUAAAGCUGGGAGGAUCAAGGAGGCUUGUAGGUUGGCUGAUGGGAUCACUGAGAGAGGGAGGGAAGUGCCUGGGAGGAUCCGUACUGUUAUGAUCAAUGCUUUGAGGAAAGUUGGGAAGUCGGAUUUGGCUAUGAAGCUGAUGCAUAGCAAGAUUGGGAUUGGGUAUGAGAGGAUGGGUAAUGUUAAGAGGCGUGUUAAGUUUAGAACUUUGCUUGAAAGCUUUGAUCAUGACUUUUAAAGUCUUUGGUGUGUGCUUGCUUUGGUUGUAACAUGUUUAACCAGAAAAAAUAUAAUAAUGAUUUAAACAAGUAGUUUAAGCUUCA